CAAAGGAGCUUGUGGCCCCUAUUGUGCUACCGGAGGGUAAAACGGUUCUGGACGUGUUCAGGGUUUGCUUUGACGACAACGCCUCUCUCCUGGAGGAGUAUCAUACGGCGCGAAAGGACACUAACCAAAAGUGGGAACCAUGGCGGCUUGCGAAGACGGGCAGCCCUCGCUUUUCUGGUCAAAGAUUGUUUACGUGUACGACGAUAAUUAGGGCGUUGGUUUCCAAGGCGUGUCCAUUUACAGAAUACCAGCGUUACGCAUUUAUGAACAUUGGGGGCAAGGAGCCAACCUUGGUUGUGCAGCUUUCAGGGCAGGCCGAGGGUGUUAUGUUUGCUGACGCGUUCCGUGCGGAGACGUUGCUGAUUUUUACUCAGUUAGGUGCAAGCGUUACAAUGCGUGCUUUGGGUCACGUCCAGUUCCUUCGGGAUGUGUGGAUUAAGGGUAAAAUUCUGCGUACUUCGCUCAAUACGGAAAUGCCAGAAUGCUAUCGGAAAUUGGGGUAUAUGCUGAUAGAACGACUUCAGGGAGAUACUCUUGAUUCUUUAGGAGUAACGGAACGUUUUGAAGCGAGUCCACCGCUGCAGGCCUCCACUGUAGAGCCACGUAAGGAUUCCUCUCACGUAUCUAUUGUGGUAUGGAAGCCUGCAAUAUACGUUGAGUUUGUAUUGGAGGUAUUGAGUGUACUUCUAUGCAUAAAUUCAUUUCUUCACACGUACUUUUUUACCGCUUCUACACCUGCAAUUGGUAUUAAGCGUCCUGCGGCUGCCGUAAGUAAGGUAUGUCUUGUUUUAAGUGAUGUUGAGCAAUCAUUGAAUACUGAGGUAUUGUCUUCUCUUUUUAUUGAUCUACUUCGUCCUUUUUUUCUUGCAUCUCUAGUUUGUUUACUAUGUGUUAUACACGGUUUUAUAUGUAGGACCCUUGCUCAUAUGAGGUAA